AUGACCCUCAACGGCACGGUGCAGGAGGUUGAUCAGCAACUCAACGACAUGCACCCCGACUACAUGAAUCUACUCAACAAAUACCGGGAGUCGCAUCCCUCGAUGCCUUUUCAGGAUGUCGUAGGCUCCACGGGAUCCAUGGAUGACCGCCCUGACUGCGGUUAUUGCAAAGUCUGCACCAAGAGGUGGGCUCCCGCCGGUCUUGGGAGCACACUCGACGUCAUCAAGAGCCUCGACGGCGCCAGCGGUCGUUGUUUCUGGUACGAGAAGGAAGUCUCGCACCUGUACCCCGUGACCGGCGGCCAGAUUUUUGAGCCGAAUGGAUGGAACGUCAUCGUCCGAAGCGACAGCGACAGCUGUUGA